GCCUUCCCUAAUGCAGCAGAAUGAGGUGGCAGAGUUUGGAGGUGGCAGAAUCCUACAUGCAGUCCAGGCAAAGCCGACAGAGUUUCCUGCCUUCAAGAACAGCAGCGAAGGCAGCACAGCUGUGGAGCCAGAAAUUCGGAGGCUGCGUUUGGUGGAUGGAGGAAGCAACUGUACUGGCAGGGUGGAGAUCGACUAUAAUGGUACCUGGGGUACCGUAUGUGAUGACAACUGGGACCUGGCUGAUGCUGGAGUUGUGUGCCAGCAGUUGGGUUGCGGUUGGGCUAUUCGGUCUCUGAAUGCCUCUUAUUUCCAGAAAGGGACAGGCCCCAUCUAUUUGGAUGAAGUGAAAUGCUUGGGGAAUGAGUCUUUUUUAUGGGACUGUCCAUCUGAGAGGAACCAUGACUGUGGACACAAGGAAGAUGCUGGUGUGAUAUGUUCAGAGCACCAGGAGUGGCGGCUGUCAGGAGGACUAGAUGCUUGUGCUGGCCGAGUGGAGGUUUAUUACCAGGGCACCUGGAACACUGUGUGUGAUGGUAACUGGUACCAGAAUGAGGCUAAUGUGCUCUGUCACUCAUUGAGCUGCAGUGAUAAGGCCUUGACCGCAAGAGUGCCUUUCAACCACACAUUGCUGGGCAAGAUGUAUUAUGCAUGUUCCGGAAAUGAAAACUCACUCAAUGAUUGUGAUUGGCGCUAUAACAAUGCCAAUCUGUGUGCCCAGUUCACAGCUGCUGGUGUUAUAUGCAAUGGUUCACUGGGUUUGGGGAAACCUCCAAACACACGAGGGACAGAAGCAGUGACUCCAGUCUCCCCUAUGCCCAGUCCACGUUUCACUAGACCUGAGAACUUGGAAGUUAGACCAUCAUACCAGAUGCUCCAGAUCCUCUGCAUUGUCCUUGGUCUUCUCCUGGUUUUGGCUCUUCUGACUCUAAUUAUCACCAUUUUGCUGCACAGGCGAAGGAAAAACGAUUGUGCCAUUUCCUCUGCCUCAGUAACUGCCCCAGUCCUGCUGAAUCACAGUGUGCAGCUGUCAACCACUGGAGCAAGUAAUGACUAUCGGGAAGCCCCCACAAGCCUCCCCAAAGAAGAAGCAACAGCAGUGAUGCCUACGCCUAUUAGUGAAGAUUCUGAUUCUGACUAUGAACACUAUGAUUUCAACAGCAAACCACCCAUGAGCCUCUCUACCUUCUACAAUUCUCUUCGAAACCGAGCUACUGACGAAGACCCUCCCCUCUACAAUUUUGCCAUGCCAACUAUGCAUGAAGAAAGUGAGAGCAACCAUCCUGCCUCUGAGAGCUAUCCACAAGGGGGACCUACAGCUGAAGACAGUGACAGCACCUCUUCUGGGGAUGGAGAUUGGUAUGAGAACAUCCAGAAACAGCAGCAAGGAAGCCAGCCAGAAAAUGACCCGUCCUUUGGAGGCUUGACAUCUUUUUCCAAACCUUUGGUGAACUCCGAGGCUGGGCCUGGGAAUGGCUCAUUUGACAGCAGCAAUUAUGAUGACAUGUGGCCCUAAAGGGCAGGGAUGCACCAGGGAUGAUGCAGUUCCAUCUGUCUUUAGCAACGCCUCCUUCAGAAACAGCCAAGGAUGGGAAGUCUAAGAACGGAAAGAGACCUAUUUCCACAGGCUUGGCCUUGAGGAUUCAGCAUUUUGGAAGAUGAUCAGCUCCCACAAAGAUAUGUCCUUGUCCAACUCCAUCCCAGGACCAACAUUUCCAACUUGUGCUAUUGUGGGUAUAACCUUAUGAGGGCAAAAACUGAGCUCUGGUAUAGAUUUUCCUUUCUUGGUUUUGUAUGGCCAGCCACUGAUAUGCUAUCACAAAGCAGCUGAGAGACUGAUAUUCCUACAGCCUCAGCAGGCAACCCACCUGCGCCCUCCUAGCUUCAAAAUCCAGGCAGCUGAGACAAAAGCAUCCAGCAAUAAGCACUAGCCAAUCACCUUGAACAGUGUUACAUCACUAAUGCAUACUUCCCCUGAGAUGCUAGCAGGGAUGAAGCUCAAACGAAGGCCUCGUUCUUGGAAUCAGAACCCCUAUGACAGGGCCAGGGAACGUAGCUUCUUCUUUGGGAAGAGCUCUUUAAUUGCCAGGGGACUCUGGAUAAGAAUGGAGUUCUUUCAUUGAUGGGGUUAGAUGUCAGUGGUAUUCACCUGAAGAAAUUUAAAAUUGCUAUUUCAAGGGUUCCCCUUUCCCAGCAGGAUACACAGGAAGGUAGUACUUGGGUGUAUGUGUUUGUUUUGCUGCCGUGGUGGUGUAUCAAACACAUGUAGCGGGAAAGGAAUUCAAUUACUAGUCAGAUGAAAGUCUUACAAUUAAAGCACAGGGGCUUGAGAAUGAGGAAGGCUUGAGUCUAUGCGUGACCUUGCUGUUGUCUGUCUCUUGGAGUGGGAAAGUUCAAGCCCCUUUCUCUUUUCUGUCCUUGAGUUUCUCCCCAUUAUGGGA